CUUUCAGUUGCUUCCUCUCCGUCAUGAGAGGUCCUUGAAGCCGGGGCAGCCUGGAAGUGGCUUGUGAGAGGAAUCCAAAAUGUCCUUAAAGAGGCUUAUUCAGCAGAACCGCAAUGUCCACUGCAUGGGCUACAGCAUGAGUGUGACUCACAACCCUUCCUUAGAACCAAUAGGUAGCCCUCCACUGGACAACAGAAGGACCAAAAUCUUCACCAGUUCUGUGGGGACCUUGCCCAAGGAUUACAAACAGCUUGCUUUAUGCAGAACAAGUUCCUUAGGCGGCUCUUCCGGUCCACAAAGAAAAUCACUCCGAAUCUUCAAAGAAGACAAUGAAACAUUUGGAUUUGAAAUUCAGACCCUUCGAUUUCAGCAGCAAAUCCAUUGCUGCUUGGAAAGCUGCACGUACAUCUGCAAAGUAAAGGAAGGAAGCCCUGCCUACCUCUCUGGACUCCAAAGUGGUUAUAUUCUGACCAAUAUCAACAGGGUGAGCACCGAAGGGCUCAGUCACAAGCAAAUGGUGGACCUGAUUAGAUCAUCAGGGAAUCUGUUAAGGUUAGAUAUUGUGAAUGAAGCCUUGAUUUUGAAAAGGAUGGAAUUGGAAACCAAGCUGUGUCUUUUAAAGCAAACGUUGCAAGACAAGCUGGUUGAGUUCCAGUCUCUGUGUUUACGGGAACAGCACCUUCUUCAUGAUGAAGCGAAUGGCAGUUCACUCCUUGAUCCUGUGGGAUUGGAAGAAUCUGGCCUACCGAGUGACUAUAUUGGGUCAGGGUCACCCUUGGUCAACAAACCUCGGUUUUCCAGUGAAAGCAGCUGUAUAAGCCGCCUGAGCUCCAUGACAGUGGGCAGCGAGGACAGUUUCUACCAAGGCACUGCUUUUGAGGAGCCUGCUUUCAGCCGGCAGUCAAGCACAGAGGACGAUUGCUUCCUCCCCGCAGACUCCACUGUCAGUGUUGCAAAGACUUCCCUGAGAAGGCAUAGAAGUAUCAGCGUGGCUAGCAGUGGCCCUGGAUCUCCCUUGUGGGACAGAGGCAAUGCCUCGAGCGUGUUUGGGACACUCCCUCGGAAAAACAGGAAAGGAAGCGUCCGGAAGAGGCUUUUAAAAUUCAUACCGGGUCUUCACUGGGCUGUGGAAGAGGAGGAAAGCCGUGUCUGACAAGCAGGUCCAGAACCCCUUAGAAAAUUUGGGCUCAAACUUUUGCAACUGUACCUCAGACUGGGAUCAGAGUUCAUUCAAUGAAAUGAACGGAAGCAGGCCUGAC